UUUUAUAUGCGAUUGAGCGUCCAAUUUUCUACGGGUGAAGUGUAAAUCAUGUGACCUACAAAUGUCCACGUGACAUAAUUUUGUUUUCGUCCAAUUGGGGCAAAGGGGCGGCGUUUUCUUCCCCCGAAUUUCCCGAAACGAUAUAUAUCCAAUUCCUCCAUAAAAACAGGAACGACCUCUUCCAUAUCCAGAGAAACCAAAACAAAAGACCCCCCGAUCUAUAAUUCCUGUGGGAUCCUCUUCUUCCCCGUCUCUUUUGUCGCUCUCGCUCUCUUUGCGUUGCGUUUUUGACAAUGGUUUCGCCUUUCGCCGCUCGCUCGGCCGCUUCCCCUGCGUCGACUACGAACCACCGGAGUCCCUUUGCGCUUAGAUACAAGAAACAACCUCACUAUGCCGGCUUUCCUCUGAAAACCUCUGUUCGAUACGGCACAAUUGCCACAGCCUUCGGCGCUACCGCCGGAAUCUUCGCCGUCUUCUUCUUCGGAGAGGUCCCCCGCGUCCGAAAGGAUAUCCUGAUGAACAUCCCCGUCAUUGGCGGAUACUGGGAACGAAGCAUCCCUCCGGAAGAUAACCCCUUCUAAACCAUCUCUCUAUGUAUUUCUUUUUCGAGCUUGAGGUCUGCUCCGUAUUUGCGAAACUAUAUAGAAAGGAGCGGAGGGGGGGCUCUGGUACUUGUUUCGCCCGUUUCUUUUUGAUUAGAUUCAUAUGUAUGGACCUGUUGCGCGAUUGUGUGUGUGUGUGUGUGUGUUGAUCCGGACCAGGAAAGGGGGAGUAGAUUGUAGCACCUAUGUAGUAUAGAGCGAACACAAAAGCAUUCUCCUACCUAUUCCCACUUAUCUGCCCCAAGAUAAAAACAGAAAAUUGUCGAUAAAAAACCAUAAUAAACAAAGAGGAGCGGAGUAUUUUAUAUUCAUUCCCCUUCGCGCCCACGCCCAUACAACAGUUGUAUACAUAUAGACUAUACUAUAAUAGUACAUGUACAUGUACAUGUGCAAAAUGCAAAAUGCAGAGAGAAGACAGAC